AUGGUUAGUGAUCAUGUAUAUGUUAAUGAUGCUUUAAAAUGUUCAACUAUUAGUAUUACAAAUAGCCAGAAUAAUGAUUCCAAAUAUCCAAAUGAAGUGAAAUUAAUGGAAAAAAACAAAAUAGAUUCAACAUCUGGAAAUAUGAAAAAAUUAUUUUUAUUGGCGAAAAAUAAAUGUAAACGUCGUUUAACAAAGAAAAUUUUAUAUAAAAGAUUACCAAUUUUAACAUGGUUACCAAAAUAUAGUAGUGAUGAUGCAAUUGGAGAUAUAGUUGCUGGAUUAACUGUAGGAUUAACCGUUAUACCUCAAGCUCUUGCAUAUGCAUCAAUUGCUGGCUUACCAGCUGCAUAUGGUCUUUACGGAUCAUUCUUUGGAUGUUUUAUUUACAUUUUUCUUGGGAGCUGUAAAGAUGUUCCAGUUGGACCUAGUGCAAUAGUAGCUUUAAUGACUUUUAAUAAUGCUGGAGGCUCAUGGCAAAAAUCGGUUUUGUUAUGCUUCCUAUGCGGUUUAGUUGAACUUGCUAUGGGUUUAUUAGGAUUAGGAUUUUUAAUAGAUUUUGUAUCAGAUCCUGUUUCUUCUGGAUUUACUUCAGCUGUAUCUUUAAUUAUAUUGACAUCUCAAGUAAAAGGUAUUUUAGGUAUAGAUGCUAAAGGUACUUCAUUCAUAGAAAUUUGGAAACAUAUAUUUAAAAAUAUUGGUCAAACAAAACCCGCUGAUACAACAUUAGGAAUUAGUUGUAUUAUAAUAUUAUUUAUUAUGAAGAAAAUAGCAACUCUUAAAAUUGGCCCCGAAGAAGCUGAAAUGCAAACAAGAAAACAUAAAAUUAUUAACAAAUUAUUUUGGGUACUGGGAACGGCUAGAAAUGCUGUAUUGGUUUUACUCUGUGGAGUGAUUGGUUAUGUAUUUCAUUCUUCAAUUUAUGGAGCACCAUUUCGUUUAAUUGGUCAAGUACCACCUGGUUUACCAAAUUUACAAUUACCUCCAUUUUACAUAUACGCUAAUGAAUCGUUUAUCGGCAAAAAUGAAUCAUUUUUGGAUAUUGUUUCACAAAUGAGUACAGGAUUAAUAAUGGUUCCUUUAAUUUCAUUAAUGGAAACAAUAUCAAUAUGUAAAGCUUUUGCUAAUGGGAAGUCAAUAGAUGCAACUCAAGAAUUAAUAGCUUUAGGAGCAGCAAAUAUAGCUAAUUCAUUUGUACAAGGUUUUCCUGGAACUGGUGCUCUUAGCCGUGGAGCUGUUAAUCAUGCUAGUGGAGUAAAAACACAAAUGGGAAAUAUAUAUACUGGUUCAGUUGUGAUAUUAGCAUUGAUAUUCUUUACUCCUUAUUUUUAUUUUAUUCCAAAAUCAACAUUAUCUGCAAUUAUUAUAGCAGCAGUGAUAUUUAUGGUUGAAAUAAAAGUUAUAAAACCUAUGUGGAGAUCAAAAAAAAGUGAUUUAAUACCUGGAAUUGGAACAUUUUUGGCUUGUCUUGUAAUGCCUCUAGAAAUCGGAAUAUUUUGUGGUGUCGGUUUAAAUAUAUUAUUUAUUCUUUAUUAUGCAGCUAGACCUAAAGUUUCUGUUCAAAUAUUAGAAACAUCAAAAAAUGUUAGUUAUGUAAUGAUAACACCAGAUCGAUGUUUAAUAUUUCCAUCAGUAGAUUAUGUACGAAAUUUAGUCAUGAAACAAUCAAUUUCAAAAAAUCUUCCAGUUGUUUUAGACUGUACACAUAUUUAUGGAGCUGAUUAUACAGCUGCAACUGCAAUAUCAGCGCUUCUUCAAGAUUUUGAAAAUAGAGGUCAAGUACUUAUUUUUUAUAAUUUAAAACCAAGUGUAUCACAUGUAUUUGAAGGAAUAUCUCAUAAAGACUUCACAAUUUAUUACAACGAGGAUCAAUUAGAUGAUUUGAUAACAGAUAAAAAAAUCAUUGAGUCAUCAAUUUUAUAAGUAUAUUUAAUGUAGUUAUAAUAUACCUAUAUAUAUUAAGG